AUGGACAUGGAAACCCAAAUUCUGAAAAACAAGACCACUAUUGUCACGGGUGGCGCGAACGGCCUAGGAGAGGCAUACGUUCGUGCUCUUGUCGCAGCAGGAGCGUUGGUGGUAAUCGCGGACCGUGAUGUUCCCAAGGGACAGGAACUUGAAAAAGAGCUUACAGGCGCUAAAUUCAUCGAGUGUGAUACUACCAACUGGGAUGACCAAGUCCGACUGUUUGAAGCGGCAGCCUCUUUUUCUCCCAAUGGCAAAGUAACCUUUGUCAUUGCGAAUGCGGGCAUUCACCGCAAGGAUGAAGUCUUUGCAUAUGCCGGCGAUGGCAAAGCACCCGAAAAGCCGGACCUUGCCACUAUCGAUGUCAAUCUCAUCGGGACACUCUAUACCUCGAAGCUUGCAUCGCAUUACUUCAUCAAGCAGAAUGGACAACAGCCGUCCGAUUCACAGGAAGACACCUGCCUGGUUUUGAUCGGGUCAGGAGCAGCAUUCCUGGAUUGCCCCCGCGCUCCUCAAUACUGUGCCACAAAAUGGGCUAUGCGAGGUAUAAUGCAUUCACUGCGAAGGACCGCCUUUUUUUAUGGGAGUCGCGUGAACAUUAUCUCACCAUGGUAUGUGAAGACAAACAUCCUCUCGGAUGAGGAUUUUGCGCAUGUCACUAGUGUAGGUGUUCAAUUCGCCGAAACUUCCGAUGCGAGCCAAUGUCUUCUGCACAUCCUUAAUGAUAGCGCCAUUAACGGACGUUCCUACUUUGUUUCUGGCAAGAAGUGGUCUCCGACGGGAUAUAUGGAUCUUGGUCUUGAGGACUAUCAAGGGAACUCUUUGCUUGAAAGUAUACAGGAGGACCAAGUCAAGUCAGCCCCCGUUGAGAUGGGCCUCUUUGUCUAG